AUGGCGGCGGAAGGCGGCCGGGUGCAGAUCUCCUUCCCCCAGCACGCGGCAGCGCUGCUGGACUCCCUCAACCGCCUGCGGCUGGAGGGGAAGUUCUGCGACGUGGCCGUCCACGUGGGCGGUCGGAUUUUCCCGGCCCACAAGAGCGUCCUGGCCGCCGCGUCCCCAUUCUUCCACGAUAAGCUGCUGCUGCAGGAUGGGGGGCGCCUGCUGCUGCCCCCCGCCAUCGACCCCGACGCCUUCGAGGGGCUCCUGCACCUCAUCUACUCGGGGCGCUUGACGUUGCUGUUGGAGGCCCUGCCUGGUCAUCUCUUGGUAGCCAGCGGUCUCCAGAUGUGGCACGUGGUGGAUCAGUGCUCGGAGAUCCUGAGGGAGUUGGAAGGUGGGGCAUGUCGGUGGGCUGGGCGGGGCAGCGAGGUGACAUCAUCGUCAUCGUCAAGUGGCCGCAGCAGUGAGGCUUCAUCAUCAUGGACCACCCGUGGUGAUGGGUCUUCAUGUACCACCCAUGGUGGAGAUGGAGCAUCAUCGUGGACCACCCGCGGUGGAGAUGGGUCGUCAUGUCCCACCCGCAGUGUUGACGGAGCGUCAUCGUGGCCCAUCCGUGGUGGCGACGGGUCAUCAUUGUCCUCAUGGACCACGCGUGGUGGCGAUGGCUCAUCAUGUCCCACCCGCAGUGGUGAUGGAACAUCCUUGUGGUCCACCCGUGGUGGUGAUGGAUCUUCGUCAUCAUCGUGGCCCAUACGUGGUGGCGACGGCUUUUCGUGGGCCACUCACAGCGGCGAUGCGGCGCCGCCGUCUUUCACCAAGGAGGGGGAUGAGGAUGUCCUCAAAAUCCACGUGGCUGCUGACGUGGCACCAGUGGCAACGUCAUCCCUGAGCUCCCUCUUGAAGGAUGCCGGUGAGGAGGUCCUCAAGAUCUGCGUGGAGCAGGAAGAGGAGGAAGAAGAGGAGGAGGAAGAGACGGCAGAGUGGGCGGGUGGCUUCGCACCGGCGGAGGUGAGCUAUGUCAUUCCGGCGGGCAGUGGUGGAGGGAUGAUGGUGACAAAGGGCAGCACGAUGGUGACAACUGGUGGGUCGUCCAUCUUCCAGCAACCAUCUUGGAAACCGGUGGACCUUCAUGGGAACGAGAUCCUGGGCCGAGGUCAAGCCCUUCACGCUCCGGGGAAGCUGGGAGCGGCUCCUGACGGUAAACGCUUCGGUUGCUUGUGCGGUAAACGGUUUGCCGUCAAACCCAAGCGGGAUCGGCACAUCAUGCUGACCUUCAGCCUGCGUCCCUUCGCUUGCGCCGCUUGUCACAAGCGUUUCAAGUUGAAGCAUCACUUGACGGAGCACAUGAAGACCCACGACGGCGCCGGGCGGGCCUGCGAGCGCUGCGGCCGACGCUUCCGC